CCCCCUCCAACAUUCUUCUAUCCUCCCCGUCCUGCGGGCACCAGGACCGGCUGCUUGGCGUCUGUCUCGCGCCUGGCCGGUUGGAGGUUAUUUUUAGUGUCCGGUUGUUUCGUGUUGCAGUGUGGGGAGUCACGAUAGAUCAUUUUCCUCUACAGCCCAACCGGGAGACGCUCACGCCGAGUUACGGAGAAUCCUGGUAGAAUAACGGAUAUAACAGAUACGGGCCCUCCGUGAGCCUUAACCGGUGGAAUAACAAGCCCAGCUGUCCGGUAGGAAUUAAGGGACGACAUUGCCGAGCUUUUCUUAACGGAGAAAGGAUAUUUAAACCCCACGAACGCACCAUAGCCUACUGAAGCCUUUAUCAGAGAUGGCCAGCACCGGGACUGAGCGCGAGGAACCUCACGUUCCCCUGGACGAACUGAGACAUCCGGAGCCUGCAUUCAGAGAGGCGCAGAAGUGGAUCGAGGAGGUGACGGGAAAACGUUUCGGUGAGAAGGACUUCCGGAGCGGCCUGGAGAACGGGAUCCUGCUCUGCGAGUUACUGUGUUCCAUCAGACCAGGUUUGGUCCAGAAAAUCAACAGACUACCCUCGCCCAUCGCUGGACUGGACAACCUGUCAGUGUUCCUCAGAGGCUGUGAGGAGUUGGGUCUGAAAGGUUCCCAGCUGUUUAAUCCGGGAGACCUUCAGGACACCUCCAUACAAGCCAACCUCAGGGACUCAGAAUGCAGUAGAAAACUGAAGAAUGUAUUAAUUACAAUAUUCUGGCUGGGGAAGGCAUCCAGUGUGUGUCCCUCCUAUGACGGACCUGUCCUAAACCUCAGAGAGUUUGAGGGACUGCGAUCACACAUGAGAACGCUGAGUGAGGACAGGUCUGGGUCAGACAGUGUGAGGCCAGGUGUGAGGGACAGUGGUUACGACUGCUGGGACUCAGAGCGGAGUCAGUCUCUCUCUCCCCGACAACACACACGGGACAACUCCCUGGACAGCCUGGAUUCUAUUGGCUCGCGCUCCCAGACUAGCCCCUCCCCCGAUGUCAUCAUCCGUGGCAACAGUGAUGUUGACUCAGACGGCGAUGCCCCCAACAGGAAGCCAGAUGUCCGUCGUGAUGACAUGUUAGCUCGUCGUACGUCGGCCGGUGAAUCACGGACCUUUGUUCCCUUUAACCAGUUCCUGCCCAAUCGGAACGUCUCUGUUCCCACCGCCAGACGCAGAUCACGGCCCCAGGAUGGAGAGCACGGCAGUCUCCCUCAGCCCAUCUUAGAGGAGGGAGGAGGGGGGGAGGGGGGAGGUCCCUUUAAGAGACCACCAGGGCCCCGCUCCAGAAACUACAAGACAGUCACAUGGGCCCCAGAUGGGGAGGAGCCUAGAGAGGAAGAGGGGGGUCUUGGGCAGGAAGAGGAAGUGUUGAAACGGGAAGUAGAAAAACAUCGGCGGCUGCAGAGGCUGGAGAAGGCGGGGAUUAAAGUUCUGCCAGCUGUGAUUCGCUACGGCAGACCGGCGCCCCGUCUGGAGCAACAGGAAGUUAAGUCACCAGCCCCUGACAUCAUCCUGCGUCGCCAUAAUGACUUCCUGACCAACCAGAAGGCUGCGUGGGACUCUGACUCUGAGGGUGAGGCAGAGGGUGAAGAGGGGGGAGGAGGGGUGAGGAGGGUUCCUGACGUCCGCAGAGAUGACCUGGCCUCCCGACGCGCCCCACGCCCCCCCACUGCUCCCAGAGCGUACCAGUACAUCCCCCCACCUGCCUGCAGUCUACGGGACAGAGAACUCUGGGAGGACAUCAGACGAGCCUCACACACUGCUCUGAUGGACAGGAUGGAGCUGGAGACAAGCCAUAUGGGUGGAGUAGACGCUGCACAUACCCCGCCUCCCAACCCUAGCCCCUCCCCCCUGAGCCCAGAGGCUCCUCCCACCCUGUUGGAGCUAGAAGCCCGUCUGGCGCAGUACGAGAGGAGAGUGAGAGAGGAGGAGGAGGAUGGAGGGAGAGAUGAAAGGAAGGUUCCGGACCUUCAGAAGGAUGACAUGAUGGCCAGGAAGACAGGUGCGUUCCCCAGGACCCACAACACCACGACAACAACAUUCAACCGCUUCCUACCACUGCCGGGUUCCAAACGCCCAGCACAGGAAGUAGUCACAGACAGGAAGCUACAGCAAUCCAGGGUCUCCAUGGACAUGCCUCAACAGCACCCCAAUGUGGCAAUGGUCGUCAGGCCGCCCGUUCCCAGCCAUUGUAACUAUGAUGAUGAUGAUGAGGAUGAGGAAGAGUGCCCUGUACCAGACCUGGAGAAGGAUGAUAUGUUGGUUCGUAGGACCGAGGCAUACCAACACAGCGCGGGGAGAACCGGACGCUCCUUUAACCUGUUCCUGCCUGUCCCUGGAGCGGCCCAACAGAAGAACACCCCCUCUGGUGGACCCAACCAACUCUACAAGAACACCCCCUCUGGUGGACCCAACCAACUCUACAAGAACACCCCCGCUGGUGGACCCAACCAACUCUACCAAAACACCCCCUCUGGUGGACCCAACCAACUCUACAAGAACACCCCCUCUGGUGGACCCAACCAACUCUACCAGAACACCCCCUCUGGUGGACCCAACCAACUCUACAAGAACACCCCCUCUGGUGGACCCAACCAACUCUACAAGAACACCCCCUCUGGUGGACCCAACCAACUCUACAAGAACACCCCCUCUGGUGGACCCAACCAACUCUACCAGAACACCCCCACUGGUGGACCCAACCAACUCUACAUGAACACCCCCUCUGGUGGACCCAACCAACUCUACAGACACAAACAGCAACCCAGAGAGCGUAGGGAGGCGGAGCUGUGUGAUGCGUACAGGAGGGCGGGCUCUAAAGCGGAAGCUGCCAUGGUUCUCCAGCGUUACGCUCUCCGCUUCACCAUCAGUGAUUCAACGCUGGACAGUCUGCAGCUACCUAGAACCAUUACUACUGACCAGAACCCUGAGUCUAGAACACCUGCUACCAACCAGAACCCUGAGUUUAGAACCACUACUACCAACCAAAACCCUGAGUCUAGAACACCUGCUACCAACCAGAACCCUGAGUCUAGACCCAUUACUACCAACCAGAACCCUGAGUCUAGAACCAUUACUACCAACCAGAACCCUGAGUCUAAAACCAUCACUACUGACCAGAACCCUGAGUCUAGAACCAUUAUUACUGAGCAGAACCCUAACCCUAGAACCAGUAUUAAUAACCAGAACUCUGAGUCUAGAACCAUUACUACUGACCAAAACCCAGAGUCUAUAACCAUUACUACUGACCAGAACCUUGAGUCUAGAACCAUUAGUACUGACCAGAACCCUAAGUCUAGAACCAUUACCUCUGACCAGAACCCUGAGUCUAGAACCAUUACUGCUGACCGGAACUCUGAGUCUAGAACCAUUACUACUGACCAGAACCCUAACCCUAGAACCAUUAUUACUAACCAGAACCCUGAGUCUAGAACCAUUACUGCUGACCAGAACCCUGAGUCUAGAACCAUUACCUCUGACCAGAACCCUGAGUCUAGAACCACUAGUACUGACCAGAACCCUGAGUCUAGAACCAUUACUGCUGACCGGAACCCUGAGUCUAGAACCAUUACUGCUGACCACAACCCCGAAUCUGACCCUGACAACCCAGAACGAGCUGGAAACGGACAGGCCCUACAGACUGACACAAAGCAAGAGCCCCGAGCCCCCCCCAAAAAACAUAUCUCUGUCACACACACCCAACACACGCACACACAAAACCACUCCACACAAAGUCAGCACACACUCCCCCCUCCCAUCUCCCCCCCCUCGCGGCCCCUCCCUCUCCUAACAGCCGAGCCCUACUGCCAGCCACCACAGACACAGCCUGGACACAAGCCUGUUCAGGUAGAUGGUUUGGUGAGGGUGAAUGGAGAGACUCUCCCGUCCUCCCCGCCUUCCUCACCCCUUCAAUCCCCCUCCUCACCCAUUCACUCCCCCCAGCCAACCGAACACCCUGGUGCCAAUCAGAAGACACAGGUGUCGGCCGUCAGCGCCUUGAUUGGAGGGAGGAACUGUGUUGUCACGACGACCAUCGUGACGGAACUCACCCAGACUCACCUGCAGCCACGUCCUUUAGAUAUGCUCAGCAACACACAGGUGAACGGCUCCAUGGCAUUGUCAAGGAGAUCAGGGGAGGAGGCGGGGUCUGACUCUUCAUUGCUUAGCAACCAGAACACCUACUCAUCCUCGGUGACAGGAGGACUGGAGGGGAGCAGUGGGACGAUGGAGAGCCCCAUGUUGAACCUGGCUAAGCGUGUAGAUCACUGGGUGUGGAACCCUGAGGAUGAGAGGAGACGACAGGAGAAGUGGCAGCAGGAGCAGGAGAGAUUCCUACAGGAGCAGUACCUCAGGGAGCAGGAGAAACUGAAAGGGGAGUGGGAGAGAGCGCAGAGAGAGGUGGACGAGGAAGAACGAAGACACAGCGAAGAGGAGAAGAAGAUCCUGGAGGAGACGGCAACGGCCCUUUCUCAUCCACCUCCCACAGAGCUCGCUGUUCAGACAGAAGUGAUCGUUCCGGCACAACAGAUCUAUGCAUCAUGGGACUGUGAGUCAUCCAGGGGUCAGGAGACGUCUCUGGACCGCAACCAGCCCUGCGCCGUCAAGAGAUCAGGAUCGUAUGAGGGCCCACAUCCACCUUCAUCAUCCCCAUCAUCACCUCAACCGCCCUCCCCAGCAG